CCGCUUUCAAUGACGUAUAUUUAAGGCGACAGAAGGAGGGCGGUUUGAACGCCAAGACGCAACUUCUUUCAACAUGUUUAAAAUACAUCUAAUUACCUGACAUGAUGACAGAAAUUAGGGUUCGCUGUUAGUAAGAUAUCGCUUCUGCAAAUUAUCCGACACCAAUUGUUUGUGUAUUAUUGCCAUCUUUUAGGAGUUGCAUCUAAAAAAAACUUGAUAUGCUAGCUACCGUUAACUGCUUGCUAGCUAGCUAGCUAACGUUACUGCUGAUGUAUUAGGUUAGCUACAGCUGCCUGUUAAGCUGCUGGAUGAGUUUACAUUUCAUUUCGAAACAAAUGUUGACUCGGUGAACCACAGAACUUCAUUCUUACCUUGCCGUUGCUUGAUACAACCCGGCAAAAAUGGCGAGUGUGCACGAAAGCUUGUAUUUCAACCCAAUGAUGACGAACGGAGUGGUCCACGCUAACGUGUUCGGCAUUAAAGACUGGGUGACUCCGUAUAAGAUCUCCGUCCUGGCGCUGCUGUACGACAUGACUGCGUCCAAAAUCACACUGCCAGAGAGGCGACGACUGAACAAACUCAUCCUACCUCUGCAGCAGGGUCCUGACCUGACCCUGGGCCAGUUCCUAAAGACUGUGGAGGAGUGUUGCCCUCAGACUGCAUAUGCAGUCAAACUCAGACUGCAUGAAAUGGCCGAUGGAGAGCUCAAAGACAUGGAGUACUUCUUUUCCACUCUUCCCACUCCGUUCACAGCUUUUGAUUCUGAGGCUUAUAAAACCAGUGUUGUAGGGCUUUUUAUGAGACACAUGAUUCUGGCCUACAACAAGUUGUCUUUCAGUCAGGUCUACAAGUUGUACAAGUCCCUGCAGCACUACUACCACAGUCACUACGCCAAGCCUACCGACGGGCCGCUCGGUUUGCCAGCACUGGGCGCUAACGACUCCGACAUGGACCUCACCAGCACCGAGGACACAGUAGGGGACAGGAUAGACCGAGACGAGCUGGACAGCCCAGUGCAUGAGUCAGAGCUUCGAAAUGACAGUACCCCAAGCAGAGGUCCCCUCUCACAAAAACAAGCCGAGUACUUCCUAGCGAGACAGGCAUAUCUUCUUAAGAAUGAUGAGAACAAAGCCCUUAAGCCUGCUGCGCUGCAAGAAGAGCUCAACAACAUGCUGAAAUUUAACCCAGAUUUUGCGGAGGCGCAUUAUCUAAACUACCUGAACAACAUGAGAGUCCAGGACAUCUUCCUCUCAGCACAUAGUCUUUUACAUUAUUUUGACCGCCUCAUCUUGUCUGGAAACGAGGGAAAGAGCAACGGGGAUGAAGGCUACGGCCGCAGUCUCCGCUACGCUGCUCUCAACCUGGCCAGCCUGCACUGUCGCUUCGGCCACUAUCAGCAGGCUGAUCUGGCUCUGCAGGAGGCUAUCCGCAUCGCUCAGGAGUCCAAUGAUCAUGUGUGCUUGCAGCACUGUCUGAGCUGGCUGUACACGCUGGAACAAAUGAAGGGAUCUGACAGCACUGUGUUAACCGAGGACUCAGUAAAAAUGGCGGCCCAUUUCUGCCUUCCAUACUUGGCAUCCCUGGGCAUUCAGUCUUUGGUCCAGCAGGGGGCGACACAAGGUAAAACAGCCCACAAACUGAUGGACGCACUGAAGGACACAGACAUCCUGCACUGGAAGCACAGUUUGUCAGAGCUAAUCGAGAUCAGCCUGGCUCAGACUACGUCCAUAUGGAGGAUGUACGGCAAAAGCACCAUGGCUCUGCAACAAGCCCAGCUGCUGCUCAACAUGAGCAGUCUGGAGCCGGUCAACUUUGGGGUCCAGCAGAAUAACACCGAGGCAUUCGCAGUGGCUCUGUGCCACCUGGCCGAGCUGCACGCUGAGCAGGGCCUCUACUGCGCCGUUUCAGAGAUUCUCCAGCAUCUGAAAGAACAGUUUCCUCCUCACUCACAGCAUGCUAAGCUUUGGAUGCUGUGCGAUCUGAAAAUCCAGUUUGAACAACAUAUGAAUGAAGGGAAGUACCAUUUGGCGGAGCCGCUGGUUACAGCGAUCUCUGCUUUAAACAAAACCGAAGGUCUCUACAGGAAAGCUCAAGUUCUGAAGGCCCUCAACCGGAGCACCGAGGCAUACAAGAUCUUACAGCGGCUGCAGGUGCACUGCGAGAAGACUAAAUGUACGGAGGUGGUGAUCAGAGUUAUGCUUUCUACCGCUGAGCUCCACUGGGAGUCGUCUGGCUUCUCCACCGCUCUCCCCCUCCUCCUGCAGGCCUUGGCUCUGGCUAGACAGCACCACCUACAGUCCCUGGCCUCAGAGAGCAUCCUCCACCUGGCCUUCACUCAGCUGAUGUUGGGCGUUCCAGAGCACGCGCUGAGUGUUCUCCAUGAAGCCAUUGAGCCUGUCCUGGCCCACGGCUCAGUCAUAGACAAGGGUCGAGCCUUGCUGCUAACGGCCCGCUGUCAGAUGGCAGUGGCUGGCUUCGGGCCAAACGGACACGGGCAAGCAGAUUUGCGUUUGGCCGCUUUGGCUGUUGACACGCUAAAAGAGUCAGCCGCCUAUUUCUCCAAGCUGAGCUGUAAGGAGCGCCUGCGGGACGUCCACUACCUGCAGGCUCUGCUCCACCGUUCUCUGGGACAGACCUCGCAGUGCAACAAAAGUGCCAUGCUCUUCCGGCUGCUGGACCAGGAGCUGCAAUCGCCAGCACCACCGGUCUCCAUGAGACUGUAACUCCUUUUGUCUCAAACGACACACUAGAGUCACCUCGGCUUCUAGAAAAAGACACCUCUAUUGCUCAGUGGAGUUGCUGCAGUUCGCCUCUAGGUGGCGGCAAAGGUCGGUCCUGCUCUGUCACUGAAGUUUUUCAUUUGUGAAUAUUUAUACAAUGUGCAGCUCCAUGCACGCGAUGCCGGGCAAAUGUUUAGAGAGGAUAAUCUCAUUCGUCAUGAACAACGUUCUGUUGACGUAGACUAGAUCAGUUGUUUCUUUACUUACUAUGGAGGAGAUUUAAAUGAUAGGCUGAUGAUUAACGUAACAUGUUUUUCUAUAUGUCAAUGUAUCCUCCGCUUUUUGAAUGAGGGCAAUAUCCCAUGUGUUUGAGCGGCCUGGAUGAUGAAUGAUUUUUUCAAAAAAGAAAAGGGAUGAAGCUAGAACGAGAAGGAGGUAAUUGUGCUCAUAUGUGUAUGUAUAUUUGUCUGAUAACAUUAAGGUGUUUUCACAGGCCUGUAAUCCAUUACUCAUUGCGCCUCUUUAGAAAGAUUUCUUACAGGAAUAAUGGUAGAGUUUAGUAAUCGGUUCAGUAUUUAAAAUAGUCCAUAUUGUCUUCAACAACAAUAUCCAAGGCGGACUGGUUAUCUCAGUAUCUAUGUUUGUAUAAAAUUUCCCUCUUUCUGUUUACCUUUUCUGGAGGCCCCUGCGAGUUCCUGUUUACUGAGUUAAAGUACUAUGUUUGGCUUUUUUUCAGUUACAGCUUAAACAAAUGACAGUAAAAGCAGGGCUGUUUUCAAUGUAAAUAGCCAGCAGAUAUGCGUGAUACAUGCAGCUCUCAUGUUGCUUCAGCCACUGCGCCAUAAUAAAGAUCUAGAUUAUAGAGCAUAACAAACAUUGUGUGGCACGGUGGUUGAGAGGUUUGGUUUAAAAAAACCUGUCGGCACAGUUCAUGCUUUUACCCAAAGAAUCUUUGUUGUGGGUAUGAUUUGCUUAACGCUGCUGGUUGCAAAGUGCUUUUGAUGUAGCAGAGCAAUUUAUAAAGUUGUGGAUAUUCUACUAGCUGUGAGGAUAUUAAAGCCCUUUUAAAAUUGAACAGAUGAAAAAGCAGGAAUUUCAUUUGAAAUGAGGCAAGUCCUUGGUGGGGGGUCGUCGCUCUGCAAAUUAUCUUCCUGUUAAUGAAUGAGUCAAUUUAAAGAUGAUUCAACAUAAAUUUUAUAUUUGAAAAAUCGUUUUAAUCAGCCAAAAAUUGCCAAACAUUCACUGUGCCAACUGCUUUUCUGCUUUUUCUGUUCAAAUGUUUCAAUAUGUUAUCACAGUACAUGAGGCUAAGUAUAAACACUGAAUAACAAAAUCUGACCAGCCACAAACUAAAAAAAAAGAUAAUAUAUAGUGAUUUCAUGCCUAAUAUUCCAGCAGCACAGAGAUACCCACAGGGUCUAUGUGGUAAAAUAUAACAUCUUUGUUCAAAAUGUUUAAUAACAAGCAUGGCAUAAGAACAUGGCAUAGGAACAAUGCAUGUUUAGAAAAAUAUAUCUGCAAAUGUAUUUUUCAGAAUACACUAUACAUUAACUUAACCUAAACUCGAUAUUAAACAUUUACAGUUCAAGAGUAAUAGUAUCACUGAAGAGUCACGUUUCAUAAUCGACUUUCACCAGGAAUAAGAUUUGGGAGCUUGUCUGUAUUUUUUGGUUUAACAGGUCUGGUUUUUAAUUGAUGGUUUGACAAUAGAAAAGAUGAAAGUGCUACAUGGACAACCUUCAACCACACAGAUUCGCACUUGAAAAUGCGAUAUAGUGUUGAUAUAUUGAUGUUGACUUUUUUGUAUGUUAUACAUGAAAUAGUUAUAUUGUAUAAUGAAGACUGUGUUUUAGGUUUCACCAAAACCUCACCAUUACAAAAUGGUAUUCAUAAAGGAUUCAAACUAGGCCCAACCUCUGAUUUUACUUCCUAACUCAAGGUAUAAAAAUGAGAAAAAAGUAAAAGAAAUGUUGAAUAAUUUAAGUUUGAGUAAAGGAGGUUUUGGCCAUUUUUCCAUGUUCAAAAGUGGUGGCUGUUUGUCCGUAGCUUAAACACUGCUUCUUCUGAGUCUUCCUUGAAGGGACCUUUUUGUAUUGUGGCUCCAGACUUAGAGGAUUAGAGAAGGUCCCGGUCAGUAUCCUGCCGGAUAGCCCCCC